AUGUCGACCAAUCCAGCAAGAUCGAACCAGACAAGCCAGACGACUUUAACACCACCCCAACUCGAAGCACGAACCAUACUCAUACAUCUCCUGACGCGGCUCUCCCAGCCAAAAGAUGACGAUACCCCCACGAACCAGCGGUACGACGAGUACUCCACAUGGAUCAAUCAGCAUAGCAUCCCCACGCUGACCACCUCUCUCUACUCCAUGAUCCGGCCCCAACUCUGGACUCUGCUUUCUUCCCGACUAUCUCUCGAUGCUCUGAAACAUGUUGGCGGCGACUUGCGGCUUGAGACUCGAGGUGCCAUUUACUUCAACGGCAUCCUCGGCGUUGACAAGCGUCUGCGCAUGUACGUGGGGCAGAGUGGCAAUCUGAGGCAGAGAGUGGCUCAGCAUUUGAACUUUAGAUAUCGUAGAGAUCAUUUCAGCUUGCAUUACUAUGCGCUCGAGUGGAGUGUGUAUAAUGUAUUUGGCGUGUGUGCUGUUCUUCCUUCUCCUCUUCCUUCUUCUUCGUCUUUGGUGCCGGGCAUGGAGAGGUCCGAUUUGGUUAUGAAUGUGCUGGAGAUGUGGAUGUGUCUUGUUUUUAGGUCGUUGCCCUCUUAUACACUGAAGGAAUGGCUGCCAGACGACGAUCUGGUCGAGAAAGGGAGAAAGACGGCAAAGGAGGGGGUAGUUGGGGGCUUGAAUGUUGCUACUCCGCUUGAUCAGGGAGCUGGAGUCAAGGAUAUGCCGUUUGUGGAUCUGAGUGGAGAAGUGGAUCCUGUUGUACGGGAUUACCUCAGGGAAGUGAAGAGGAGGAAGGGCGACGUGCAACAAGUGGAAAAUGUGAAGAUCAAAGAUGGGAUGGUGGAGGUGGACGAAGAAGAGAGGGCGCAGAGGAAGAAGAUGUAUGCAGAGAAAGUGAGGAGGUAUCAAAAUAGGAGGGAUAAGGAUGUUGUUAUUCCCCAGUGGGUUUUUCUUGGUGCCUUGGCAGUUGGGGUAGGGGUCUUGCUGUUCAGAAGUAGUGGAGGGCUGAGAGGUAAAGGAGGGUUGAAAUAG